AUGGCACACUAUUCUGACGGCGGCGAAGCGCUUCUGGAAUCUUUCCGCGCUUUGGAUAUCGACUACAUCUUCUGUUCGUCAGGAUCGGAAUGGGCACCCCUGUGGGAGGCCGUGACUCGGCAGAAAAUUUCGCAGUCACCUGGCCCCGUCUAUCUCGAUUUCAUGCACGAAACCCUCGCUGUAGAUAUGGCCAUCGGCUACACGCUUGUCAGCGGACGGAUGCAGGCCGUUCUGCUCCACGCCACCCCCGGUCUACUGCAGGGCGCCAACGGCAUCCAUGGCGCUCUCCUGGCUGACGUGCCGAUGCUGGUAUUUUCUUCCGAAGCCAACUCCUAUGGCGACCGAAAAGACGUCGAUCCGGGCUCGCAAUGGUAUCGAAAUCUCUCAAUCGUUGGCGGACCACAUUCUGUUGUCGACCGGAUCGUUAAAUGGUCCUGCCAAAUCCCCGGCAUCGAAACACUUUAUGAAUUUACAAAGCGAGCUGGCGAGAUCGCGCAGCGCACGCCCUCCGGGCCGGUUUAUCUCAAUUGCCCCGUCGAAGUGCUGCUUGAGCCAUGGGGAAAACCCGCCAACGCCAAGGCUGUCGCUACUCCCGGAACAAGCUAUGCCGGCCCUUCCGAUAUUUCAGCACUGGCUGAGGAGAUCAACGCCGCUUCCCACCCAAUUAUCAUAACCGAGUCCGUGGGACGGCAGCAGGGCGGCUAUGAUGCGCUGGUAGCAUUCGCAGAGGCUUUCGACACACCCGUAUUCGAGCCGCAGUCGGCGACCUGCGCCAAUUUCCCGAAAGACAAUCCGCUCUAUCUGGGCGGUAAUGUCGAUGGCAUGCGCGGUAAGACCGACCUUAUCGUGUUGGUCAAUUGCCGAUCUCCCUGGUACCCACCGUCCAAUACGUUUCCCAAUGCCCGAGUGGUUGUGGUCGACGAUGUUCCGCAGCGGCCCCAAAUGGUCUAUCAGGUGCUGCACGCUGACCGCUAUGCGACCGGCAAUGUGCCCCAUACGUUGCGCGAAGCUGCCAAACUGGCAAACGGUAGUCCGGAACGCCGCGCGGUCGUGGAAAAACAGCACUUGGACCAACGUGAAAAACGGCUGGACGCGGAGUCCGCUGCACGGGCUAAGGCCGAUGCCAUCGACGCGGUGACGCUUGCAACGACCCUGCGAAAGCAUUUGCCUGAAGAUUAUCGCAUCUUCGAUGAGACGAUCACUCACGCUCGUGUCGUACAGCAACACAUCCGCCCAAGCCGCGCCUCGAGCUACUUCUAUGUGCAAGGGGGGUUGGGCCAGGGAAUAGGCGUUGCGCUUGGCGGCAAGCUGGCCGCCCCCGAUACAUUCACUGUUCUCACCGUGGGUGAUGGCUCGUUUCUCUACAACCCCAUCGUCCAGGCUCUGCAAGCGUCAAAGCAGAACGGUUUGCCCAUCCUCAUGGUGGUCUUCAACAACAGGCAAUAUCUGUCGAUGAAAUACAACCAUCUGCGGUUCUACCCGGAUGGCGAUUCCGUCGAGCAGAAGAUGUUCCAUGGCGUCGACCUUGGCGAUCAGCCUCCACUCGAAGCUUUUGCCGAGCCCUUCGGCUUCAAAGGCAUCGCCGUGUCCGAUCCGGCAGGCCUCGAACGUGCCGUCCGGGACGCGAUCAAGAGCGUCGAAGCCGGCACGACAACGAUCCUCAACGUCUACGUCGCCAAAUAA